UGUGUUAAAACUGUGGUGAACAUAUGACCUCUUAUAAUUUUCUUUUAGCAGACGGCAAUUUGUAGCAGACUUGAAAAUUCAGAUAUUGUGUUACUUGUAGGAUUUCUUUAACAGAAUUUAUAUGGAAUCGUAUUUCUAUUCAAUGUUUUAACACAAAAACCAGCACAGAAUUUGACAUUUAUUGUGCAUUUGCAAGAACGAUUCCUUUGUUUAGCAGAAGUCUAGCAGAAACUAACUGCAUGUAAAAGACUGGAAGCUAUAUGUUGUUAAGUGUGUCGGUUCUAAAUAACUUCACCAAUUAUUGGCUCUCUGACGUGUCUGGGUAACUAAGAUAAGAACGUUCAUUUUACACUUUAUUUUGGCCUUCCAGUAAACUUGGCUUCUGUUCUAGAGAUAAACCUUGUUUCUGCUAUUGCCUGAGAAUUCUAAUAGCGGUAAAAACAGUUGGAAGUUAUAAGACAUUUGCAUUCAUCUAUUCUUUUGAAAUUUUUCAAAUUUUGAAACAUUUGCUACAAAACUGGAUACUCCGGAAGAAAUCAGUGUCAGUGAAGCUGAAAAGCGCACAAUGUUUUCAGCUGGUGGUGGAGAGGAACCCGCUCCAGUGGUUCCUGGAAGUAUUUCUGGAAGUUUAUUUACCUCAAGACAAUUUGUGAACCCAGAACAACCUGGUUAUGUUGGUUUUGCCAAUCUACCAAAUCAAGUACAUAGAAAAUCUGUUAAAAAAGGAUUUGAAUUUACUUUAAUGGUAGUGGGUGAAUCUGGUUUAGGAAAAUCAACUCUAGUCAAUAGUUUAUUUUUAACUGAUUUAUAUCCAGAACGUCAUAUUCCCACAGCAUUAGAGAAAAUCAAACAAACAGUAAAGAUUGAUGCUUCUACUGUUGAGAUUGAAGAACGAGGUGUUAAAUUAAGAUUAACAGUAGUUGAUACUCCUGGAUUUGGAGAUUCAUUAAAUUCUGAUGACUGUUUUAAACCUAUUAUCCAGUAUGUUGAUGAUCAGUUUGAAAGAUAUCUCAAUGAUGAAAGUGGUUUAAACAGAAGACAUAUAGUAGAUAAUAGAGUCCAUUGUUGUUUUUAUUUCAUCAAUCCAUCAGGACAUGGGAUGAAACCACUUGACAUUGCAUUUAUGCGAGCUGUACAUCAUAAAGUUAAUAUUGUUCCCGUUAUAGCCAAAGCUGAUACUUUAACUAAACAGGAAGUUCAAACUUUAAAACGGAAGAUAUUAGACCAGAUAGAUGAAUAUGGUAUCAAUAUCUAUCCACUGCCAGAUUGUGAUUCUGAUGAAGAUGAAGAUUAUAAAGAACAAUGCAGACAGCUGAAGAGUGCUGUUCCCUUUGCUGUUAUUGGUGCUAACACAGUGAUAGAGGUGAAAGGUCGAAAGGUUAGAGGUCGAAUGUAUCCUUGGGGUGUUGUGGAAGUGGAGAAUCCUGAACAUUGUGAUUUUAUUAAAUUAAGGACCAUGUUAAUCACCCACAUGCAAGAUUUACAAGAAGUAACACAAGAGAUACAUUAUGAGAAUUAUCGUGCUGAGAAACUAGCUACUGGGGAACCGGUUAAAAAGUCCAGUCGUGCUCGUCGUCCUGAUAGUCAAGAUACUGAUAAAGAAAAGGAACUACGUGAUAAAGAGGCUGAGAUUCAAAGAAUGCAGCAGAUGUUAGCUAAGAUGCAAGCUGAAAUGACCCAACAGAAAGCUGUACAACAAAAUGGUGAUGUUAAGUCACAUGAUGUUCAAGUUUAAACAUGAUAGUUUAGAUUUCAUUAAUCAAUUGAAUAUGGACCACCAAUAGAUCUGAAAGACCAACUACCACAAGUCAUGAUCACUUCUAUAACUAACUCUAAUAAUAAUAAUAAAUAUUGUCAUGGGAUCAAAUCUCAGUCUUAUCUUUUCUUCUAGUAUAGUUGUUGUUUAGAGACUUUUCGCAUGAUUUAAUUAAUGAAUGAUUUGAAACAGGGUUGUGACACAGAUGGUAUUUUUGAUAAACGAAAACAAAAAAAAUGCAAAUAAAAACAAUUGUUUUGUCUUGAUGUAGUCUUGUUUUGUUUAGAACCCAGAGCUGUCAUCAUUUUCGUUUUUUAGAAGAAAUGUUUAAUAAUUUAUUGUGUUUCAUGUAAAAGACAUGGCUGUUUUCUUCUGAUUUUGUAAAAGUGGUUUGUCAAUUUGCAUUUUGUAAAUAAAGUCAUUAGAAAAGCAUAUUUAAUAUGAGUCAUGUUUUAUGUUCAUAAAAAUUAUUUCAAUUUUAAGCUCAGAAUUUAUAUUGUUUUUGAUUACUUCCCUUGCAUUUACCACUCACAUUACCCUGGUCUCAGCUAUUUCUAAUUUCAUAUUAAGAUAAAGAUUGUUUAGAUGGAUUCAUUGACAGUCACCCAACAUUCAAUAGUUUCUUAUUCAUAAUAGGAUUCAUUCAUUAAAAAAAAUACAAUUUGCGUCAUAAUGUUGCCAUUUGAAUGCAGGGUAGUAUGUCAUGGGCCAGAAAAUCAUCCUCAUUAGAACAUUGACCUAAAUGUUAGAUGCAUUAUCGCUUCCAAUAUGAACAUGUAUACCAAAUACCAAAUGUGUCAAAGGACAAAUAUCAAAUAUGUAAGCUUUUUCUCCAGUCUCUGUUGUAUUCAUAUGAUACAGUAUGCUAUGUAUUUUUUUUAUAAGUUGCAAUAUUUAAUGUGAUAAUUGAUUUCAUGACAAGUUUGAUUUUAUUGAUUCAAUUUUUAGUUAACAUCUAUUUUGAGACACUUACUUGUACAUGUUAACUACUUAAACUACUGAUUAUUUUAUAUUAAGACAUUCUUGUAAAUAUUGUAAUACGUCAUUCUAAGAGUCUGCAAGUUAUUUAAAAUAUCAAGAGAGUUAAGAAAUGUAGAAGCUUUUGAGUCAGUCUUGUAAUUUCAUGUUUUAGAAUGUCUAACAGUUGUUUACCAUUAUCUAAUAACAGUUGAAGUAGGUAAAGAAGUAAGAGAAUAGGCUAAGUAAAUGUAUACAAUACUUGAAACCCAAUUAGUAAAGUAAUUUACAAUGCUCUUUGCAUAAGUAAUGAACCAAUGAUGAAAAUACUCAAACAAUAGUGCUUCAUUAUACCAAUAUUUAUUAUUCAAUCAGUUUGCUUUGUGUUCAUGUACAGUCUAUAUCUUUGUAUAUUUUUUUAAGGCUUCAUGUCGUUAUAUUGAUGUUUUCAGUCAACAUAUUUCUAUUGUCUUCUGCAGAUAUUGUCUUUUAUAAUUGAUGAAUACUGUGUUGACGUAUACUGUUUACAAAAAAUAACAUUAUUGACUUUUGAGAAAUUGGUUUUCUGAGGUGUAUUCAUUUAUUGGAAUGUAAAUUGGCUUAUCCACGAAAUGAAUGAAACUUUAGCCCCAACAAAUACCAAUGAUUUCAUGUUUAAAAUUCUGUUGAUUGAUAACACAAAGAGUAUCCAUUAUGAGCUAAAUCUGAUCUUCAAUUAAAAUUUUGAGUAUGUGUGUUAAGAUAUGUGUCAAUAUGUGCUUUCCUUUUUUACCCAUGUAUUCACUGCCCCACCCCCAUCACCCAUUUUAUCAACCCCAGCUUCAGAAAGAUAUACACAUCUCUUAACCUUUUCUGGGGGCAUAUUUUAGUUUUCUGAAACACCAUCAAUUUAUUUUAAAGUUAUUUUGUAUUUUCUUGCUAUUAUUAAAUAUCAUUGUAUCUGUAUUUUAUGUCAUGUACAUUAAAUAAUUUUCAUAACGUAAA